AAGCAAAGUACGCGGCCGUCAAGCAUUACGGACUCACGAUUUCCAACUAACUCAAGCCCGACCGACGACGACCACCCGCUGCAAGAAAUAUCGCUAAAUGUCAGGUUCACAGCCACCGGCGUGGUCAUCGCGCGCCGAUCACCUCCUGCAGCCUGUCCAGCGGCCGGUCGGGUACCUGAAGCGCGCCGGCAUCGCGGCGUGGUAUCCCCUCCUCGGCAUCUGGUACUUCCUGCGGAACAAGGACUUCUACCCUCUGUUCCUAGGCCGCCUGCUGCCCCUCUCCGUCAUCUCCUUUCUCGUCUACUUUGUCCUGUUUACCUUUGCGUUUCUGCCCCAGUUCGCCCUCCUGGCCAUCUUCCACGGAUGGGGAGCUUGGGUCAAUGCGGUGGUGCUGGUCCUCGGAGAGGGACUCGUGGUGAUCCAGGGUCUUUUUGAAGGCUUCUUCGUCGACGAGUGUCGAGUGGACGUGUUCGACGCCACCCUCAUCAAGGAAUCGCACGGAGAUCUCGUCGCACCCCACCGGAUAAUCUUCCACGAUGCCCCCACCGCAGUCCAGAUGCUCGGCAAGCCGACGACCCCUGCCGUCUUCACGCCCUGGUCCAUGAUCCAGAUCAUCGAGCUCGUCGUCUUCCUGCCGCUGAACUUCGUUCCGGUGGUUGGCACCCCGGCCUUCAUCAUCAUCACGGGCACGCGGCUGGGCAAGCUGGCACAUUACCGAUGGUUCCACCUGCGGGGAUUGAGCAAGAAGGAAGCCAAGAAGGAGAUCGAGUCGAGGACUUGGGAGUACGUCUGGUUCGGCACGGCUGCCAUGAUCCUCGAGCUGAUCCCCGUGCUGUCCUUUUUCUUCCUGCUCACCACGUCGGCGGGGGCCGGCCUUUGGGCGGCGAGGGUCGAGGACGAAAAGAGGCGGGAGGCCACGGAGAGCUUGGCGGGAGAUCCUCUCCCGCCGCCGCCCCCCUACGAAGAUGAUCCCGUCUAAGAGGCACCAUGACGUUAGGCUUGGCUGUGUUGGCAUCUCACUUUAGCAAGCAAGCAAGCAAGCAAUUGACCAUUCAUUCGCCCCUAUUUCUUUCUGCACUCGAACAUGAAACUUCCAACAUGACCCUACGUUCGUCGUCGUUCGGUUUCCAAACAGCCCAUCACUAUGCCAGCCAGCCAGCCAGCCAGCCAGCCAGCCAGCCAGCCAGC